CUUCAGUCAGCCGCCCGUGGCCACAUCGCGAUCAUGUGGCUGCAAUGUUUCGCUGCGACGGUGCUGAUUGCCGCGGCUGCGUCCCGCGAUGUCUUCACCAAUUCGUUCCUGGUCCGGUUCAAGAGGUCGCUCGGCCACGAAGAAGCCCACGAGGUCGCCCUCCGCCACGGCUUCGAGAAUCUCGGCCCGGUUCUCGGCUCUGACACAGAAUGGCACUUUGCGCAUCGCGGUCUACCUCAAGCGCGUCCGCGCAGAUCUAUUGCGCACACUCGUCUGCUGAAACGUCAUCCAUUAGUUCACACAGCGGUUCAACAGACUGGUUUCAAGCGUGUUAAGCGAGGUUUCCGCCCUCUUCGCUUGCCGGAAACUGUGCCAGCCUCUGAGCCACGUGACCCCUAUUUCCCUCUGCAAUGGUACUUGAAGAAUACUGGUCAGAACGGAGGAAAGCCUAAGUUGGAUUUGAAUGUCGAAGCGGCCUGGGCUCAGGGGUACACUGGGGUUAAUGUGACCACCGCGAUUAUGGACGAUGGAGUCGACUACAUGCAUCCAGAUCUGAAAUACAAUUAUAAUGCUGAGGCAUCAUACGAUUUCAGUAGCAAUGACCCGUUUCCGUAUCCACGCUACACUGAUGAUUGGUUUAACAGCCAUGGAACCCGGUGCGCUGGCGAGGUGGCAGCGGCGCGCGACAACGGUGUGUGUGGAGUUGGUGUGGCUUACCACUCAAAAGUUGCUGGUAUAAGGAUGCUUGACCAACCUUACAUGACCGAUCUCAUCGAGGCUAACUCCAUGGGGCACGAGCCUCACAAGAUCCACAUAUAUAGCGCCUCGUGGGGUCCAACUGAUGACGGGAGAACUGUUGAUGGACCAAGAAACGCUACAAUGAGAGCUAUCGUGAGAGGUGUCAAUGAGGGGCGAAAUGGACUGGGUAACAUAUAUGUAUGGGCGAGUGGCGACGGUGGUGAAGAUGAUGACUGCAACUGUGACGGUUACGCCGCUUCCAUGUGGACGGUGUCAAUAAACAGUGCAAUAAAUGACGGCCAGAACGCCCACUACGAUGAGUCCUGCUCGUCAACCCUCGCAAGUACGUUCAGUAACGGUGCUCGGGAUCCGAGCACGGGGGUGGCAACCACAGACCUGUACGGGAAAUGCACUGCGACUCAUUCUGGAACUUCAGCUGCUGCACCUGAAGCAGCUGGAGUAUUCGCAUUAGCUCUUCACGCGAAUCCAAAUUUGACAUGGCGUGAUAUUCAGCAUUUGACGGUCUUAACUUCAAAAAGAAACUCCCUGUAUGAUGCGAAGGGCCGUUUUCAUUGGACUAUGAACGGCGUUGGAUUAGAGUUCAAUCACCUUUUCGGUUUUGGAGUUCUUGAUGCGGGUGCUAUGACUGCAUUAGCGGCUAACUGGCGCUCCGUCCCACCGCGGUACCAUUGUGAAGCCGGCUCUGUGAAUACUCAUACCGAAAUUCCGUCUGAGGAUAGCAUAACGCUACACAUUGAAACCACGGCUUGUGCAGGAUCACCCAGUGAAGUCAGAUAUUUGGAGCAUGUUCAAGCCGUUGUAAGUGCGAACGCCACGCGUCGAGGAGAUCUUGAAUUUUUCUUAACAAGUCCCAUGGGAACAAGAUCGAUGAUUCUAAGCAGGCGAGCUAACGAUGAUGACAGCCGUGACGGAUUUACUAAGUGGCCAUUUAUGACUACUCAUACAUGGGGCGAAUAUCCGCAGGGGACCUGGACGCUUGAGGCUCGGUUCUCCGGCGGCUCUGGACCAAGCUCUGCAUCUGGCUGGCUGCGAGGCUGGUCGCUGGUGCUGCACGGCACACGGGCUCCCCCUUACGCGCAGUUGCAACCCCAGGACCCACAUUCCAAGCUAGCCGUCGUCAAGAAAGCUCAUGAAGACAACGCGAACGAAAAAUAGACACAGGAUACGAUGAUCUAGAAAUGAUUGGAUUGAUUUAUUUUUAUUCUUGCACAAUUUUCAUGAUGGUUUAUUUGAGAUUAUGAUUAUUUUCAAUGAUUUGCUGUAUUUUAAUUAUGCCACUGAUGAGUAAGAAGUAACUAGUAUAUUUAAUUUUUACAUUUAUUUUAGAGUCGAAUGUUGGAAUGCUCAUAAGUAGACGUGGCAUGUCCUGUCGUAGCUAGGGGCUGGCUAAGUGGACUGUC